AUGACAUCCAACACCCACUUAGCGAGACAACUCCAGCAGCUGAAAAAGCACCCAGUAGAUGGAUUCUCAGCAGGUUUAGUAGAUGAGAGCAAUCUAUUCGAGUGGGAGAUUAUCAUCAUUGGACCGGUAGAUAGUCUCUAUGAAGGUGCGAUACUGAAAGCUAAAUUGAGUUUCCCAGAGGAAUACCCUCUACUGCCCCCAAAAAUGACAUUCUUGACGGAUUUGUGGCAUCCUUCAAUUUACAACUCUCCCGAUAGAAAGGGUGAACUUUGUAUUUCCAUUCUGCAUCCCCCAGGCGAUGACGAAUGGGGUUGGGAAGAUGCGUCUGAGAGGUGGCUGCCUGUACAUAGUGUAGAAUCCAUUCUCGUAUCUGUCAUUUCCCUUCUCUCUUCCGAUUCUCCCUGCACAGAUUCACCUGCGAACGUAGAUGCGGCCAAACAAGUACGCGAAGACCCAGCUGGCUACAAGAAGACUGUCCGUAGACUAGCCAGGAAGUCAGCCGAGGACUGCUGGGAUUAG